GGGAUUAGGACUGCCCCUGGGCCCCAAUGUGCUUAGCCUCUUCAGGGUGUGGAGGAUCCAUCUGUCCUCACACCUCCCUGGAGGCCCUGGCCAGGACCAUGGACUCCUCGCUCCCCAUCCUGCUUUCCUUCGGGCUAUGUCUGAGCCUGAGGAUCACAGCACAUCAGGUUACACUCCCCAGACCCGUCCUCUGGGCAAAGCCCAGCUCCAUGGUCGCCUGGGGGGCAGAUGUGAUCCUGUGGUGCCAAGGUGUCCCUGAGGUUGACAUGUACCGCCUGGAGCGACUGGGCACCUCCGAUGACUACAGGGACCAGCCUGGUCUUCCAGGGCCCAGGCCCCAGGCGCGAUUUUCUCUGGGCAGUGCAUCAGCCACCGUGGCCGGAAAGUACCGAUGCUCCUACCGAAACGGGAGCUACUGGUCAAAGCCCAGCAGCCAGCUGGAGCUCGUGGUGACAGGCGUGUAUGGCAAACCCUCCUUCUCCGUCCAGCCUGGCCCCGAGGUACUUUGGGGGAAGAGCGUCACCUUCUCCUGCGAGUCCCAGUUCAGCUUUAAUAUGUUCGCCGUAGCGAAGGAGGGGAGAGCUGGCAUCUGGAGGACCCAGGAGGGGAAGUCUCCGGCCCGCUUCCCCAUCCUCACCGUGGCGGCAGACCACGCCGGCACGUACCUGUGCUACGCCUUCGACAGCCACUUUCCCUACCUGUGGACAGCUCCCAGCGAUCCCCUGGAGCUCAAGGUUACAGGAGUCCCUCGAACCCAGUCUCCAACAGAGGGAGCCACCCCAACUGGAGCUCCCACACACCCCCAUAUCUCCCCAGAGAAGGUGGACAUCCCAAUGGCAGGUGUCACCUCCCAGGAUUACACAGUCCCCAACCUGGUUCGCCUGGUCCUGGCCGGCUUGGUGGUGGCUGCCCUGGGGGGACUCGUGGCUGAAGCGUGGCAAGCCUGGAGGGAGGAAUUCCACCCAUAUUCAGGGGCUCUCUUCCAAAGGGGGUCCCCAGGGAGCCCACCCGCAGCCAGGGGAUCAACACCCUAAUGACCCUGGGGCCAACCAGGUGCAGAGACUGGCCUUGGGGAUGGGAGGUGGGUGCAAGAUUCCUCAAGGAGUCCUAAGGGGCUGCCUGAAGGCAGGGGAGUGCUUAUUGGGCCCCCCCCAUGUCCAAGGUCCCGGCCAAGGUCUCAGCUUCAUAAAGUACUGAGAAAUGUCCUAAACUCUGGCGUCCAUCUGUCCCUCCAGCCAUCCUCAUCUGGGUCUGAGGCCCCUUCAAGG